AUAACAAGUUUUGGUUGCUCGAAUGCAAAUGGAAAAAUUAAAUCAGACUUUAACAGCUGUUAAGAACUUACGCUCAAGUGUCCGUCAGUGUUUUGAGCACCUGGCCGAUGGCACCGAUGGCGAAGCUAUCGAGGAAAGCCGCAAUAAAUUUGUGCACGAUUUUCAGGAAAGAUUUGCAUCCCUCAACUCGCAAAUACGUGACUUGGAGCAGCUUGUUAAUGGGCUCCAGGUGCCGCCGUCAGCCUACCACUUGGGCAACACCACAUUUCUUGCCCAGGAAACGACGCAGGAGCGUCAGGCGCUUUAUCCGCAGCUGGUGAACAGCUACAAGUGGAUCGAUAAGGUGCACGAUCAUAGCAUGUUGGCGUUCAACAACCUCAAUCAGAACACGCUACGUCGAUCCUACAACUAUUGUUCGCAGAAGCGCCAGCGCUUGCCGUUCUCCUCCUUCAACAACGAUCCGGAUCACAUUGAUAAGCUGCUAAGUGACAUUAGCCAUCCGCCGCACACAACGUAUAAAGUAUUUCAUCCGUUUGGCUCCAAUGCGGUGGCCAUCGUCUCCAUCAGCAACGUGCUGAAGGCGGCGAUUGUCUUUAAAGGCGUGCUCAUCGAAUGGGUGACCAUCAAGGGCUACGACGAAAUACUCGAGCACGACGAUCUGUGGGCGGAAUCGCGCUAUGAGGUGUUCCGCAAGGUGCAGGAGCACGCCCACUCUGCCAUGCUGCACUUCUUCUCGCCCACGUUGCCCGAUCUGGCUGUGAAGAGCUACAUGACCUGGCUCAACAGUUACCUCAAGCUCUUUUUGGAGCCCUGCAAGCGUUGCGGGAAAUACAUUGCGAACGGCUUGCCGCCCACGUGGAGGGACUUGCGCACAUUAGAGCCAUUCCACGAGGACUGCCGCAACAGCUAAACAAUACACAAACACUUAUACAUAUACAUAUAUAUAUUUUUAACAUA